AUAAUGUAUUGUUAGCCGUGUUAUUUAACCUCAAACUUUUCAUGAAACUCAAUUUCACAUCCGGUCAGCCAAAAAAAGUCUCGACAGGGUUGGGCCAGUUACAGAGCUGUCAGUCUUCAAAUUGAAUCUAUGGCCUCUGUUCUCGUCAAUUGUGUUUAACACUGCACCUUAGGAUUACCGUGUGAACCGGCACAUUUCCCCAACAUGCAACCAGCUCUCGUCGUGAUCUGGCUGGCCGCUCUACAACAAUCCAUUCCGGUCAAUUGUUUCCCUGUACACCUAGACCUGUCGCCGCCGCACAGGACAAUCAAAGGAAUCCUCGCGCGCUCGGAGUCUGUCGAUACAGGACAUUAUUUAUGGAAGGUGAAUUUGAAUGGACAUGUAAAGAAAGCCAUCUUCACAAACUCUCUCGUUGUCCUCCCAAUAAGAACAGAAACAAGUGACUUUGUGUCAAUAUUGGACUUGAAAAGUAAACGUUUCUUAUGUGUCGACGUCGAGGAAAAGUGGUUCAGUUCUAUGAUGUUCAGCAGGAAAGAGUGCCUUUUCCAGCACAGGCGGAUGGAGAACCCUGUUGACGUGUUCUAUUCAUCCAGCAAUGGACUGUUGCUCCUACUGGACGGGGCUGAGAUCCCUGUGAAAGGGUACGACUUGUUAAAGAGACACAUGGUUUACAGAAGGAAGAGGAGCCAACAGGAGAACCCAGAUGCAGACUCCAUGGAGGAUCAGGACCUGGCUAUGCAACAGGACCAAGAACGAGCUGGCGCCAUUUCCAAGGAGACCAUCACUUCUUGUGACGACCCUUUGCGGGUGUUGCAUUCCAAUAGCCCAGGCAGUCCUACCAAAAUGGCUGUGCAAAAGGCAGACAAAGUGGCCCAGGGUGGUCUAGCGGUCUAAGCAGAUGCCUCCGGCACACGUCUACGGUGUUGUCAUAGGUUUGAAUCCAACCUACUGCCCUCUCUCUUUCCCUACUAUCUUCCUCUCUCUUUAUCUUAGGGGUAGGCAACCUUGUUCCUGGAGUGCUUGCAGGAUUUUGCCCCAACUAGGCAUCACACCAGACCAAAUGAGCUAAUUGACUAAAUUCAACACACCUGGUCUUCCAAGUUGGUUAUAUCAAAAACAAGUCCUUGCGUCACUCCAGAACCAAGGUUGCUUAGUCCUGCUCUAACUGUUCAAUAAAGUCAGAAAAUAGCUUAAAAAUAUAUUUUAAAAAUGGAAAAUGCAGAGCAAGAGUGAAGCAUUGGCCAAUGGCUUGACUCGUAAGGCCAGAGAAAUGAGCUUUGAAUUUGAAGCUUGUCUGGAAAAAGUUAACUUUUUGCUAGAUAACAUUAAGGGAUAUACAGUAAUGCCAUGCACCAGUGCCUCAAUCCUCAUGAGUUUGUGGUUUUGCAAUCGUAGUCUGGAUGGAGGGGUCACAAUACAACUUGAGAAGGAGCACGUUAGAUUGAAACAAGGAGGUGAAUUAGAAAGCUGAUCAGUGAGCAUCAUGAGAAACAGUCUUACAUGCUUAUAUGCUGAGGUAGUGCUUCUUAAGGUCAUUAAUGAGUGGAUGAGAAUGGGUGGAUGAGACCAUGUGUAUAGUGCAGUGAGAAGCCAACCCUUUGGUUAUGCAAGGGUGUGAUGCACUUUUUCACUGGGAUCAGAAAUCGGCUCUGGCAUAUGUAACACACCGGCCCAUUUCUUUCCUUAAGGCCCACACAGCGAGCAAUUUUUUUUUUCUCCCCCUUGUGGCCCCCAUUCUUAGCCUGAUGAUGAUGAUGAUGAUUUUGCACAAAAAAACAACAACAAGUUAGGCAGGCAGGCCCACAAGGUAAACAAUCAACCCGGCCCAUCUGGAAUUUUUCACGAAAUGCCUGAUGGCCAGUCCGCCCCUGCACUUUUUAAAUAUUUACAUUGCAAAACGCUUUCAAACAGUUUGGACUUUCAUCCUUGACACAGAGAAAACCAAUCAAAUCAUCCUGAAAAUAUGCAGGCUCAUUAUGAAAUGGGCACUUCUUGUUUUUAUAACAGCGUAUAAAAAGUUGAGGCAGGUCACCCAUUUCCUUUUCUACAUUACUUAGAAUCGUAUAUCAAUUCAUACAGAGAGACGUUUGAGUAGCAGUUGAUGAGGCCUGUUUUGCAACAUUAAACAUAAUUUGUCCUUUUUGGGUAACGCCUGGGUUGAACCAGUGUCAUGUUGUCCUUUUAACUCCUUCUAAAAAUUACCAUUUUAAACUGGUUUGGCAUUGAGCCUGAUGUUGCAAUAAUUUGUUUGCAUGAGAUUUUGCUAUGUAUGUCAAAAUGGACCAACAUUUCUGUAUGACUUAUUGUAAUUGACAAGUAAAUAUUAAUUGAUACAACAUUGCAUUAAUGCAUUGAAACUUCUAUUAAUUGAAGACCAUUUUUCAAUGGAUGUGUUAUGGUAUUACUAUAUUUUGUCAAUCUAUAGGUUGUGGUGGAUGUUCACAAUGUUUAAAUAUGGUAAAUACACUAUAUAUAAAAAAGUAAGUGGACACCCCUUCAAAUUAGUGGGUUCGGCUAUUUCAGCCACACCCGUUGCUGGCAUGUGUAUAAAAUUGAGCACACAGCCAUGCAAUCUCCAUAGACAAACAUUUGCAGUAGAAUGGCCUUACUGAAGAGCUCAGUGACUUUCAACGUGGCACUGUCAUAGGAUGCCACCUUCCUAACAAGUCAGUUCAUCACAUUUCUGCCCUGCUGGAGCUUCCCCGGUCAACUGUAAGUGCUGUUAUUGUGAAGUGGAAACGUCUAGGAGAAACAAUGGCUGAGCCGCAAAGUGGUAGGCCCCACAAGCUCACAGAACAGGACCACUGAAAUGCGUAGCAAAUAAAAAUUGCAUGUCCUCGGUUACAACACUCACUACCGAGUUACAAACUGCCUCUGGAAGCAACGUCAGCACAAUAACUGUUCAUCGGGAGAUUCAUGAAAUGGGUUUCUAUGGCUGAGUAGCUGCAUACAGGCCUAAGUUCACCAUGCCAAGUGUCGGGUGGAGUGGUGUAAAGCUCGCCGUCAUUGGACUCUGGAGCAGUGGAAACGCAUUCUCUGGAGUGAUGAAUCACACUUCACCAUCUGGCAGUCCGACAAACUAAUCUGGCUUUGGCAGAUGCCAGGAGAAUGCUACUUUCCCCAAUGCAUAGUGCCAACUGUAAUGUUUGGUGUAGGAGGAAUAAUGGUCUGGGAUGGUUUUUCACGGUUCGGGCUCGGUCCCUUAGUUCCAGUGAAGGGAAAUCUUAACACUACAGCAUUUUGUAUUUUUAUUUAUGUAUCCUUUAUUUAACUAGGCAAGUUCGUUAAGAACACAUUUUUAUUGACAAUGACGACCUACCCCGGCCAAACCCUAACGACGCUGGGCAAAAUGUGCGCAUUCCUAUGGGGCUCCUAAUCACAGCCGGUUGUGUUACAACCUAGAAUCGAAACAGGGUCUGUAGUGUCGCCUCUAAUAUUGAGAUGCAGUGCCGUAGACCGCUGCGUCACUCGGGAGCCCAUACAAUGACAUUCUAGACAAUUCUGUGCUUCCAACUUCGUGGUAACAGUGUAGGGAAGGCCCUUUCCUGUUUUCAGCAUGAUAAUGCCCCUGUAUCCAAGGCGAGGUCCAUACAGAAAUGGUUUGUCGAGAUCAGUAUGGAAAAACUUGACUGGCCUGCACAGUGCCCUGACCUCAACCCUAUCAAACACCUUUGGGCUGAAUUGGAACGGCAACUGCGAGCCAGGCCUAAUUGCCCCACAUCAGUGCCCGACCUCACUAAUGCUCUUGUGGCUGAAUUGAAACAAGUUCCCACAGCAAUGAUCUAACAUCUAGUGGAAAGCCUUCCCAAAAGAGUGGAGGCUGUUAUAGCAGCAAAGGGGGGACCAACUCUAUAUUAAUGCCCAUGAUUUUGGAAUUAAAUGUUUGACAAGCAGGUGUCCACAUACCUUUGGUCAUGUAGUGUAUAUCAAGGUUGUGUUUCGCUGUCAUUUGAAACCAUACCAAAUGUUAGCUGGUGCUGGACACCAUUAGGAAAAAGCAAUGAGCCAUCACAAUAUAAUAUGUAUUUAUUCAAAUGUAUUCACAUAUUGUUAUUUAUAAUGUGUAAUAUUUUGUAUGGAUGCUUAUUGUCUUAUCAUA